AUGUCUGCCCACAACUUUUUGACACUCCGGGGAGCGAAGGCAAGAGACCCAAUGAAGUGGACCACGUGCAUUCAACAAACUAUCCGGAGAUACGGUAGUCGAGUUCAAACUAUGAUCGGUCAGCACCACUGGCCGAAGUUUGGAAACGAAAACGUAGAAGAACAUCUCACUAUGACCCGCGACUACAUUAAAUUCACUUAUGACCAAUCUGUUCGACUACUGAAUCUUGGAUUUGGUAUGGAGGAAAUCAGCGAGACAAUCGAAAUGCCCAAGUCCAUGGACUCGUACUUUAAUAUACGUGGGCACUACGGUCACCUCAAACACAACUCCAAGGAGGUAUAUCAGUUUUACGUCGGCUGGUGGGAUGGCAAUCCCGCAGGUUUCCAGCGUCUACCCCCGGUGGAGAGAGCGCAGCAGUUUGUGGCUGACAUGGGUGGGAUUGAGGCUGUUAUCGAGCGAGGCCAAUGGCAUCACGACAAUGGUAUCUACCGAUGGUUUGCUGAAAGCAUGACUGGAGGCCAGAUAUCUGGAGGCUGA